CUAACUCUCUCCCCAGCGUUGUUGCCUGGGAGCCCAGGCACUGCCCUAACAACAGUUGCUAAUGGGCGGAGACUUCGAAUGGUCCCCGAGACCAGCUAUUCCAGGGUCGUGUACUUGGGGCGCAUGCGGCAACCUUCUCUUAGCUCUCGCGAUGCUUCGUCUUCCCGGAAGCGCUGGAGGGCCUUGCCUGUUAACGGCGUCGCGAUGUGUGGGGACUGUGUGGAGAAGGAAUAUCCCAACCGGGGUACCAUCUGCCUGGAGAAUGGAUCUUUCUUGCUGAACUUUACAGGCUGUGCAGUAUGCAAUAAGCGGGAUUUUAUGCUGAUCACAAACAAAUCUUUGAAAGAGGAAGAUGGAGAAGAAAUAGUUACCUAUGAUCAUCUCUGUAAGAAUUGUCAUCACGUGGUAGCCAGGCAUGAGUAUACAUUCAGUAUCAUGGAUGAAUUUCAGAUCCUCCAUCAUGGGGACCGCAGUCAUUUCAGAGGCUUGCUGAGAAGACCAAGUGAGAUGCAGUGCCUGGUACCCGGUGGAUAUUCAAUCGACUGCAGCUAUCAUUAUAGGGAAUACGCAGGGGUGAAGAACAAGCAAACCCCUCACGUGGCUCCAGCAGAGGUUCUCCUGGGAGGAGAAAGUCAGGAAGAUGCGGCCCUCUCCCAACCAAGUGCAGAGCAGCUCAUCGUGAUUUCCCAGCACCUCAGAUAUGUCGAUCAUGGUCUCUACCACACCCAGUAUCCUUUUCUGGCUGGAAGUGCCCAGCCCAAAGCCCCUGCUCAGGGAAGGAGGGCUAGGCACAGCGUGUUCACUGUGGAGAAGCAGCUCCUGACUGGACCAGGGAUGGGUAUCUGACCCAAAGGAGAUCCAUCAACAGGCUUGCUGGUGACCCACAAGGGGACCUGGCCAACAGGGCAAGGGAACCUAGCUAAGCCAAUCAAACUAGCUCCCUCAGACGCUGCAGAAGGGACUGGCCAGUUGGUAAGGAGAGAAGCAUGAAGCAGACAGAAGUGCAGAGAAGCGGGAUGACUAAAACGGCAAACGCACUGGCCAGAGUGGGCCUGAGGGCGCUGGAUCCUCACACAGCCACCAGUCCACACCAGACCCCACCUUCCUGCCCAUGGGUUUCCUCAUAGCACAUCCCUGUUUUCUGAGAGCGCCUCAGGAUGCCUGAAGAUUCACAGCCUGUGACUGUCCACUGCUGCCUAAGGACUCCGCCAGGCCGGUGGGCAAGACGUCCCAACUAUGGGGCUGGGAGGAAGACUUCUAAAACCAUGGGCCCUGCUCCUUGCUGCCUCCUGGUUUUUGUCUUCUGGCCCCAACUAGACAUGGAGUACCUAAGGGGCAGAGAGUAUAUUCUGUAUUUGACAAAGUUUUUUUUUUUUUUUAAUCUUUACCUCCAUACCAGCUCAAUGCCGGGCAUAAAAUAGCAUUUCCAUUAGUGGCAUCGUCCUCCCCCAGAGAGCACAAGGCGGGAUGGGCGCCAGCGGCUCGAGAGCAGGGACAUGUGUCCUGCCAUCUAAAUGCCUCGCAGACACUGGCAAGAAAAACUUGUCAGUUAAGUGACAGUGCCAGGUCCUGAUACGCAUGUGGACAGGUGCUGCCCUCACCACACCUGUGGCCUGAGGCAGCCCUAGGCCUCUGGCUCUUCCUGCUGUGUCCCUGGCUGCAUGGCCUUUGCUCCUCCAGCAGCAACCCCUUGCGACUGCCAGGCCACGACCUGACCCCUGCAGCACAGUGACAGGGAUGCUGUCAGAGAACUAGGAGGACAAGCAAGGCCCUCUUCUGGGCACCAGGGCCUGGGGCAGACAGAGGGAUGGGGCAGGGUAGACAGUGCUGGCACUCACUUGGCUCCUAAGAUAUCUUGCCUUGGCAAAGAGCUUACUACCUUCCCAGUCGAGCAGUGAGGGCAGGUGGAGACUGGAAAGAAGGAAACAGGACAGAUCCGGGGGAAAGAACACUCCCCCCCGCCCCCCCCCCCGCACUGUCUGCCUCCAAAGAAAGCAUGGAGGAAGUGCGGCUCAAGAAACAGAGGGGCAUGGUCAAUAAGAACACGAUUGUGAGGCCAGAGUUUGGUUCCAGUCCUGCCUUUUCCACUAAUUACCUGUGUGGUCUUGGGAAAGCUACUUAACCUCUCUUUGCCUCCGUUUCUCACCUAUAAAAUGGGGAUGAUGAUCCCUGAUGUCAGAGAAUUUUGUGAGGAUUAUGAGAUGAGGUAUAAAACCCCUAAGGCAGAGCCUGGCACAUAGAGCUUUAUUAAAUGUUAGCUGAAGAAGCUAUCAGCCUCCUGUAGGGGAGGAUGGGAUUAUGGAACCCAGGGUCACAGCUCGGGGAAUGGAGAGAGCUCUGGGAAGUAGGCGGGGCUCAAGUUGGGAAGAUGGAGGAGAACGGGGCAGAGAGGCAAGACAGACACACUAAGCUGGAGCAUUUCAACAAAAAGAGAAACUGCCACUCACCAUGGAGGCUACAUGGCCCCCAGAGUCUGACUACAACCUAAAUUCUGGCACAGCUAAGGUGUGCCUAUUGGUGGGCCAGCACCUCAUGGGUUAACGUCAGGUGCCAGCUUGCCUGUCUGCCAAGUGCCACGUGGUUCAAGUGGAAACAGGGCUCUUCUGGGUGCCAAUGUUAUCACCAUGAUCAACCACAGCCCAAAGGACCAGCAGCGUGACCUGAGCCUUCUCAUUAGCAAUGAGACGCCGCAACAGGGAAAACCUAAUACACCUGAAACCCAAGGCAGACACCCAAUGCCUGGAGCCAUGCUGGCUCCAGUUACGAAGCUGAAGUUCAGGAAGGCCCUGCCCCGCCCCCCAGAAAACCAGCAUGUGCUGGACAUGUGGAGCUCAUGUGGGUUGUGGCAGGAGGUCACCUCCCAAGAGGUCACCCUGAGAAACCCCAAAACAAGCUUUAGGGAAAGAAAGAGCCUGGGGGGAGGUGGCUGCCUGACUUUGCCACCCCCAACAAGGCAUCACAGUAAUCUCCAUUUCAAAACCCCCUCUCGGCAAGAGAGAGGCCUACUAAUGCCAGGAGACCGAUAACACAAGUCAGGGGCGGAGCAGGGAGGAGACAACACAGAGGGAGAGCUAAGAGACAAGGCUCAAGGGAGGACUCCAGACAAAGGCUCCUGGCACAUGAAUGUCCCUCAGCCCAGUCAGGCGAGGGGAGCUGGGAGCAGCUUUGCCCAAACCUGCUCUGGCUGCAGCCCUCUGCCUGCCUUCCGUGGGGCCUCGGCCUCACUGCCUGCGGGACUGCAUGCUGGCUGGCUUCUCCUUGGACCCAGUGCGGGCUGACUGCCCCUCAUGCUGCCUCAUUCGCACCACCGUGUCCUGGGAGUGAUGGGAAGUGGAAAUAAAGGGAUGCCUGGUCGCUGGCUAACUCCAAGGCCAUGUUUUAACCUCCAGGGCACUGGGCCCAAAGGCUCUGAUUCAGAUGCCCACCCACAAGAAAGGGUGGAAAUUUCCAGAAUGAUACUCGAUCCCUCCCUUCUUUAUAAAGACACAAACAGAUGCGUGCACACAGACACACACACACAGGACCUCAAUGUGGAAGGACAGUGGUGAUAUGGGGAUCAGGACCACUGUGGAGCCUACCCCUUUCAUAUAAAAUCUUGGAGAGCCAAUCUUCAGAAACCCAGGACCCAUUAUCAUAGAAGGGUUUCCCGGUCAAACACGGCCUCCCAUGAGGCUGGAAGGAGUGCAUGCCCUCAGUGCCUGAGCCCCUGACCCUGAGGUGGUUCUGGAAGGUCCCUCUAGCAGCUCGGUUGAGUCAACGGGCAUCAUCCGUCACCAGUAGUGACCCUGAGUGACAGACAAUACUGAACUUAGUCUAAGAUACUGACCCCUUGUCUCUGCAUUCACCAAAGAGGACCCCACUCACAGCGGGAUCACAGGAGCCACUUUCUUGCUCCCUGCUAUGUCUGAGCUUCUCCUAUGACAUGGAUCUGAGCAGAAGAGCUAAAAGCUACUGGGCACUGCUCACCCCUUACAGAACUUCCCCUCUUCUCACAGCCCCAACACGUGUGGAGCCCAGUGAGUUUCUCAUUGUCUGUGAGUCCCAAGAAACCAACACUACUUGGAACUUCCCUCAGGGAAGAGCCAAAGUUCUCUAGGAAAACGCACAUAUGCAUGCACGCACUCAUUCAAACAAACUGUUACUGAGUGCCUCCUCUGUGCCAUGAACUAAGGUAGGUACUAGAAGACACAGCCACGAAUAAUACAGAAAGAUCCUUGUCUGCAGAGAGCUUCUGUUCUAGUGGGAAAGACAGAUAAUCAAUAAGUAAACUAAUAAUUUCAGAGAGUGAUAAGUGUUAAGAGGCAAAAGCAGAAUAACGGAGUAGAGAGUGAGGAGAUCCGUGUGCAGGCUGCUUUAGAUCAGCUGCUCAGAGAAGACCUUUUAGAGGAGGUGACAGUUGAGCUGAGACCCGAAUGGCAGGAAGGUACCGCAGGGGGAAGGUCUGAAGGGUCAGCGCCCCAGGCAGGAACACUUUUCAGUCAAACUUGCAGUUCCUCAGAAGAGAAAGGGCGGAGGGACCAACAUCAUUCUUUCCUCUGUUGUAGAGAGGGAAGGCACAGCAAGGCCCUGCGCUUACCUUGGAUCUCACAGGGACCCACUCAUAUGUGCACAUGUGUGUGCACAUGUCCAAGUACAUAUACACUUGUUUAGAGGCUCUAACCUCAAGAAUGUAUCAAGAAACUUCUCAAACACUAGAAAGGGCAACUUGGGGACUCCUUGCCCCCCACUUUAUGGUGAGAUCUCUAUACUGAAUAACUCAUGUGUAUAAAGCGUAUCAUUCUGGUACACAGAGUGGGUACACAGAGUAGGUACUCAGGAAACACCAGGUCCCUUCCCCUUUCCCUUCCCAUGACCGCGUGCACAGACCUCCAUAGGGCCUCUGUGAUAUGUGCCGUGUGCGCCAGUUAAUCCUGUCCUGCUCCUGUCUGGCAGACCCCUUACCUGGGCCUCGCUUCCCUAAGCCUGCUGCUGAGUGGUCUGUGGGCACAGCUGAGGCGGCCAAGACCUGCCAGGGUACUGACUACUUAGUCCUCCAUCUCCUCCUGAGCCUCUUCCCAGGAAGGGCCAUGUUGACAGGCAAGAGAAGGUUCCGGGAGGAAGAAAUGGGCUGGGAGCUUCAGGAGCAAACAUCUUGGAGGAGACGGCCUCCAGAGGCAUCUGCCCUCACAGAGAGCCCAUGAAGCAAACUCCUAGCAAGGAUCUAGUUGAACUUAAGCUAGUAUGACCAUGACCUGGCCACUACCAGCUGGCCCAGUGGGGCAGAAGAGUAGCAGCCCCAAAUGAUGAGGCGUUCUCCACAGUGCCUCCUCCCCGACCCCUUGUCCUCUGGGGAACCUUACUUAGUCUUCAAGGACCCACUCAACUGUCACUUCUUCUGUGAAGCCUUCACCAGUCAACCCUGGGGGGAACUGAUCGGUCCUCUGUGACUCCAAAGCAUCUUGACAUUGCAUUUACAUAACGUUCUGGUUGUCUGCAUGCCUGACUCCCCCACUGCACUGUGAGCCCCCAGAGGGCAAGAGAGCAUCUGAUUCAUUUCCUAUUCUCAUUGCCUGGCAGCCGGUAGAUACUCAUUACAUAUUAUUCAACAAAAUUAAAUAAAUGGAAGAAAAAAUGA